CAUAGAGCGUGGUCUGGAAGAGUAGGCGUGCAAAUUAAAAGCUAGUGUGACCUGGCUGCUCACUUUGCAGUUUGCAUGUGUCAUAUGCGAGUAAAGGAGACAUGGCUUCUGUCAUCAGGAGAAUAAUCUGCUCUUCAAAGGCACCAGCUGCUAUUGGCCCCUAUAGCCAAGCGGUAGUGGUAGACAAAACCAUGUAUGUAUCUGGUCAGCUGGGAAUGGAUCCUAUAAGUGGGCAGCUUGUGCCUGGUGGCGUUAAGAAUGAAGCGAAACAGGCUCUAAUAAAUAUGGGGGAGAUUUUGAAAGCCGCAGGAUGUGAUUACAGUAAUGUUGUAAAAACAACAGUUCUUCUUGCUGACAUCAAUGACUUUAAUGAUAUGAACGAAGUCUACAAACAAUUUUUUCAGAGAAAUUUCCCAGCAAGAGCUGCAUAUCAAGUUGCUGCUUUGCCACGUGGUGGAAAAGUGGAGAUUGAAGCUGUAGCUGUUCUGGGACCUAUAACUGAAAUUUCUUCAGCAUUGUAAUGAACAUUCUUUUAAAAUACUCUGCCAACUGUGUCAUAACACUAAAUAAAUAAUAUUUAGAAUAUUCCAAACAUUUAUUGGAAUGCUAAAGCAGGGAUUUUUCUUUAAAUAUUAAACUUGGUUAACAGCCAGAAUGUUAAGGAGCAAAUCAAACCUAAUUCACAAAUGUUUUCAUUAGUCGCUGUCUUGUAUGAAAUAAAUGUUAGAAGAUAUCACUUUCUGUUAUAAAAUAAAUCCUCUUAUUUCCGUA